AAGCCAUGGCGCAAUCUGAGAAAAAAGGUGGAUUACUUCGGAAAUCUUCAUCUAGUAAGAAACCCCUGAAAGAGAAGGUUGUGUUAAUGUAUGAUGAGAUCUUCACAACAGAAGAUCCUAGUAAAUACAACCCUCGGUUUUGGGAGGAGCUCUUCCUCAUGAAGGUGAAUUUGGAAUAUCUGGAAGGAAAGCUGGAAUCUCUGGAUGGUGAAGAGCUAAUGAAGAUAAAAGAUAACAUUAAUUGCUUGUUCCAGCGUUGCAUUUGGGCUUUAGGAGAAGAGCAUCCAAUCAGAGUGGUCAAUGCAUUACAGACUCUAUGUGCGCUGAUCCGUGGGGUUCAUCAGAAGAACAAAUCCACAUCUGGUUUUGACAUCAUCAAUAUGCUAAUGGGCUUUGACAAGGCUGAAUUGUGCAUGAAGAAUCUGAUGGAGAGUUUGGAUGCUUUACUUUGUGCAGAAGGCUCGGAAAGUCUCAAAAGUUUGUGCCUGAAGCUUUUGCUUUGUUUGGUGACUGUGACAGAUAAUAUCAGUCAGAACACAAUUCUGGAAUAUGUGAUGAUUAAUAGCAUUUUUGAAGCUAUCUUACAGAUCCUUUCCAAUCUUCCCAGUCGCAGGGAACACGGUUAUGAGGCCGUGGUCCUGCUUGCGUUAUUAGUGAACUAUAGAAAAUAUGAGUCUGUGAAUCCUUAUAUAGUAAAACUAUCUAUUAUAGAUGAUGAAGCUACACUGAAUGGAAUGGGUCUUGUAGUUGCCCAGGCAUUAUCAGAAUACAAUCGACAGUUCAGAGAUAAAGAAGAAGAACAUCAGAGUGGAUUUUUCUCAGCCUUGACUAACAUGGUGGGCAAUAUGUUCAUUGCUGAUGCUGAUGAAAAAAUCUCAGUCCAAACUAACGAAGCUAUCCUUUUGGCUCUUUAUGAAGCUGUUCACUUGAAUCGAAACUUUAUCACUGUAUUGGCACAGAGUCAUCCUGAAAUUGGUUUAGUGACAAUGCCGGUAAGCCCAGUUCCGACUACACCCGUUACUCCACUUGGAACCACACCACCUUCUUCUGAUGUCAUAAGCACUGUAGAGCUGCCCUUGGAUGCUGACGUGCAGACAAGCAACCUGCUGAUAACCUUCUUAAAAUACAGUUCUAUUGUCAUGCAGGAUACCAAAGAUGAACACCGACUCCAUAGUGGAAAGCUCUGCCUGAUUAUCUUAACCUGCAUAGCAGAGGACCAGUAUGCUAAUGCUUUUCUGCAUGAUGACAAUAUGAAUUUUCGCGUAAACCUCCACAGAAUGCCUAUGAGACACAGAAAGAAAGCUGCUGAUAAGAAUCUUCCCUGUCGACCUCUAGUUUGUGCAGUGCUGGAUCUGAUGGUGGAAUUCAUAAUAACACACAUGAUGAAAGAAUUUCCCAUGGAUCUCUAUGUAUGCUGUAUUCAAAUAGUACACAAGCUGCUUUGCUACCAGAAAAAGUGCAGAGUGAGACUUCAUUACACUUGGAGGGAACUCUGGACAGCUCUGAUUAAUCUGUUGAAGUUCCUCAUGUCUAACGAAACAGUUUUGCUGGCAAAAUAUAACAUCUUUACCUUGGCUCUGAUGGUGAUAAACCUGUUUAAUAUGUUCAUCACUUACGGAGAUACCUUUCUUCCAACUCCUAGCAGCUACGAUGAGCUUUAUUAUGAAAUAAUCAGGAUGCACCAGAGUUUUGAUAACCUAUAUUCCAUGGUUCUAAGGCUUUCUACUAAUGCUGGCCAGUGGAAGGAGCCAGCCAGUAAGGUGACUCAUGCAUUGGUCAACAUACGAGCUAUCAUCAACCACUUCAAUCCAAAGAUAGAGUCCUAUGCUGCUGUUAAUCACAUCUCACAGCUCUCUGAAGAACAG